AUGCCUGAGGCGGCUGAGGAGCACUCAGUCUGGAGGCCGCUGUUCCUUGCCGGCGUGCCCAUGGUGCUGCUGAGCAUCGCAAUGCUCGCCGCCUACCACAGAUUCAAGGAGAGAAGGCGCCGCUCCGCGUUGAUCCUCUCGGCCAACCGGCUAGUUGACGUUUGGUCUGGCAUGCACCUGACCGUUCGGUCUGUCCGCACUUCGCAAGCGGGGGAAAAGCUGCGCACGACCGAGCAG